AUGUCGGCGACCUCGCCUGCCACCUAUGAGUCUACUUCACAGCUUGUGCUCCGGCCAAUCUCCCAAACGCCUAUCAACAGCAUCAGCAGCCCUGCCAUACCUCUGAUUAGCCCCGAUUCCAAGCCCCGGAUCGGUGGUAGCAACCAAGCAGCAGUCGCUGCAGGCUCAGUGAUAGGAGGUCUCCUCGUUCUCGGUAUCACCGGUCUAGUCCUGCUCGAGGUGUUCAUGCGCAAGCGAGCGCUCUGGAGACGAUCACCUUGGUUUGGUAGUGAUACCAUUACCACCGCAGUCAGUGGGCCAUACGGUGAAUCGAGCGAGGGAACUACGGCCGUUGCUUCUCAAGCUGGCACUGAGAUGAAGCGAUUAUCACUUGCGAGUGGGUCAAGUGGCGGUGGCGGUGAAAGCUAUGCGAGGCCAGGCUCCCUCAAUCAGAGGGGAUCGAUUUUGUCCAUAUAG